CAUUUCCUUCUCCCGGCACAAAUUCAUCACAGUCAACUCGGAUGGGCAUCUUCAAUUUACUGCCUCUGGACGGUUACCCUUACAUAGCCUUUCCUUGGUUUCUUCCUCAAUUUUACGUUUUCUUCUCCAGACUCCAAUCAGCGCAGUUAACUUUCCUCAAUCCUGGCUGCUCGCUUCAAAACAGAAGGCACUCCAUACUUACAGGCGGCUUCAUUUCUUACCAACCUUGGUGGCUGCAGCGUAGCUUCAAACUUGAAGGCAUUCAAAGAUUUACCGGCGGCUUCAAUUCCUACCACUAUGGCCGCUCUCUUCAAAAUGGAAUGCAUUUCAUAUUUCACUUCCAUAAAGUUAUCACCUUUAGAAAUCUCUCUAAAGUAUCACUGGAAUCAUUUAGUUUUUUUCCCGAGAUUAGCACUUCAUUCUCAAGGUUAGACUUCCAUGGCCCCUAUUUGUCAUUCGAACUAUUAGAUUUUUACAUUUCUUCAUUUCUGAGCUUCUGCUAAUGUUUCGGUAAAUCUGAAUCAUCCACUUCAUUUGGUAUAUAAUUGCAUUUAGGGACUUGUGCAAAAUGUUACUAAAGAUUUCUGCAAGUUUUUUAGGACAGUUCAAUCAAUAUAAGGGAGUGUAUUUUUUAUUUGAAGAACGGAAGUAUCUCUCUUUUAAAUCUUCCCAACAUCAAAUAAUUGAUCUCUUUUCCUUGAAAAUUAACAUAGUAUAACCAUAAUAUAUCGUCUAAUCUUUAUACAGUCGUAAAUGAAAUAAUUUCUGCCAUUUAUGCAUAUAUUGGUUUGGAAAUUUGAGAAUUUAUUUUGAUCAAUAUUUUGAUAGCAAGGGGUUUGUUAUAAUUCCUCAAUCAAGAAUAUUUAACUAUGAUGCCUAAUUCUUUAGGCUUUAGAAUAUAGUGCACGCUUAUUGUUCCCUAACCACAUAAAUUUGGAAAUCAAAGCACCAGGUAGAAGAUAUGUGUAGGCUAUUUAAUCAUCUGUCAGAGAUCAGAAUGAUCUUUCUGCACUAAACAUGGGUUAUUUGUGUAUGAGUUUUCAAUUUUUUUCUGUUAUUAAUUGAAUCUAAUAAUGAUUUAUCUUAUUAAUCUUUCUUGUGUCAAUCCUUAUUAACCAUUAUUAAUAUUACGGAGUAUUAUUAUUACAAUUAUUAUUAUUAUUCUUUUCGCAGCAACUAUAUUUACUUGAAGGCAGAGGCGAAAUGAAAUGGUCAGUAUUGCUUCCGGUAUUUAUUACUUAGUUUGAGUUCAGAUAUAGUUACUUUUAGCCUUUUAGGUAUAUAUCCUUUUUAGUUAUACAAGUCAAUAUUCAUUGAUGAAUCUUCGUGUAACUCCAGGUUGCACACACAUUAGUUUAUCUGUAAAGCUUUCACUGAUCGUCAUUAUAUAUACACAUAAGUGUUGCUGUAACUCCAGGUUUCAUAUCCAUAAUUUUCUUUUCUUUUCUACUCACCGACCCUUUCAUGGGCAUUUCAGCACCCAAACUAUGCACACUACGCUUGCAGUAGCUGGCGGUUACUUGACAUCAUCGCCCAACACAAUGAGUCAAAAGACCUCACCGUCACAGUUAUCUUGAAUCAAAACCAUUUUUUUUGGUUGAAGCGAAGAGGCCGACUGCGAGCUGAUAGAAGUGUUCUAAUUGUAGUGUAUGUUUGGAAUAGGAUGAGAGGACUCUAAAUAGAAAAUACAAUUUCAGAGUGUUUCAUACAUACACUACUAAGCUAUUGAUCUCAUGGUUUAGAUUUGCCCACUAUAUUGGCAUCCUGCACCAUGAAACGAAUGAGAAAAAGACCGCCUUUCUUAGGUUAUUUUUUAGGCUGCCACACGGGUCGUUAACCGGCAAACCGAGAUGCUACCGGCUAAUCGGC